AUGAACACGCGUCUCGUAAAUUGGGUACGUUUUUGGAAGAAUAGCGAAUACGCGCGCCAUUAUGUGAAUGCUGAAAAUUUCAAUCGUAACAAGCAAAAUGCGCACUACAAUAGCGCUUCGGACGAGCAAGGAGGUGUGAGCAAUCGUAUCGAUAUUACUGUGCAUGGCGAUGCAAAAGACAGCAUGAGCUACGUAAACAAUGAAAUUCCUCGCGCGAGCGCAGAUCUCAGCGGUGACAUGAGCGUAGAUCUCAGCAGCGAUAAAAGCUACGUAAAUGACGAAACUCCUCUCAUUGACUUGAACGCGUAUCUCAACGGCGGCAAAACCGCAGAUCUCAACGACGACAUGAGCGCAAAUCUCAGCGACGAUAAGAGCUACGUAAAUAACGAAACUCCCCGCAUUGACGUGAGCGCAGAUUUCAGCAGCGGCAAGAAUCUCAACGGCGACAAGAGCGCAGAUCUCAACGACGACAUAAGCAUAGAUCUCAGCGACGAUAAGAGCUACGUAAAUAACGAAAUUCCCCGCAUUGACGCGAGCGCAGAUCUCAACGACGAUAAAAGCUACGUGAAUGACGAAACUCCUCACAUUAAUGCGAGUGCAGAUUUCAAUGGCGACAAGAGCGCAGACUUUAACGGCGACAUGAGCGUAGAUCUCAGCGGCGAUAACAGCAACGUAAAUGACGAAACUGCUCAGAUUGACGCGAGUGCAGAUCCCAACGGCGACAUGAGCGCAGAUUUCAGCGGCGAUAAGAGCUACGUAAAUGACGAAACUCCUCACAUUGACGCGAGUGCAGAUCCUAACGGCGACAUGAGCGCAGAUCUCAGCGGUGACAAAAGUGCAGACCUCAGCGGCGACAAGAGCGCAGAUCUCAACGGCGACAUGAGCGCAAAUCUCAGCGAUGAUAUGAGCUACAUAAAGAACGAAACUCCUCGCAUUGAAGCGAGCGCAGAUCUCAAUGGCGACAAGAGUACAGAUUUUAACGGCGACAAAAAGCAUAGAUUUCAACGGCGACAAAAGCGUAGUUCUCAGCAGCGACAAGAGCAUAUUUCUAAGCAGCGAGAGCGCAUAUUGUCGUGA